AACACAACGUGAGAAACCAUUGAAUGUGGUGUGAGUAAAUUACCUCAGGAAUUGUUCAACAAUACCAGGAUCAAUUAUCGACUAAAUCCAAAAUAAUUGGGCAAAGAAAUGUGUGAUGGUGAAGCUUGCUUCAGAAUCAACCAACAUGAUGUUGUAUAACCCUUAACAAAUGUGUAGUGGCGCCUCUGUUCUCAGAUCAGAUCUUGGGCAAUAACAGUAGGCUACAGAUCAUCCAACGUACUAACGUAACGUGCAGCCAGCGAAACCCCAAUUGUGCACACUUAAUCCCGUCAUCGCAUUGUGAAAAACACAGGAUUUUUUCUUCAGGGCUGCAGGAAGACUGAGGAUGAAGACUGCAAUUGUGGUGCAUGGUGGAGCUUGGGCAAUACCGGAUGCAUUAGCCGAAGCAUCUGUGGCUGGAGUCAAGGCUGUUGUUCGAGCUGGGGAUGCUGUCCUUAAGAACGGGGGGAGCGCACUUGAUGCUGUAGAAAAAGCUGUUAGCUCAUUGGAAGAUGACCCGGUGUUUGAUGCAGGUCACGGUGCAGUCCUGAAUACUGAUGGAGAGGUGGAGCUAGACAGCAUCAUCAUGGAUGGGAAAACACUUGCCACUGGAGCUGUGUCCUCUGUGAGAAACAUUGCUAACCCUGUUAGACUUGCCCGUGCUGUGAUGGAAAAGACGGAACAUGUCAUGUUGACGGAUAGAGGGGCGAAUAUGUUUGCAGAGCGCAUUGGUUUUCCAGCAGCUCAUGAUUUGGUGACAGAGCUGGAGCGUAAAGAGUGGGAGCACUACAAGAAGUAUGUCGUUGGCGUCAAAGAGCUCUUCAACUCUCAGUGGGGCCAUGAUACAGUUGGAGCCGUGGCGCUGGACUCUUUUGGUAAUGUGGCGUGUGCUACCUCCACUGGUGGAAUCAGAAACAAAAUGGUUGGAAGAGUUGGAGAUUCUCCUAUUAUAGGAUCUGGUGGAUAUGCAGACAACAGAAGUGGUGCGGUGUCCUGUACUGGUCAUGGAGAGUCUAUUCUCAAAGUCACCUUAGCCAGAUUAAUCCUUUUUCAUAUGGAGCAAGGGAAAUCAGCCGCAGUGGCCGCUGACACCUCACUCCAGUACAUGGGAGAGAGAGUGCAGGGAGGUGGAGGGGCUAUUGUUGUGUCCCCAACGGGGGACUGGGCCGCCAGGUUCACCACACCACGCAUGGCUUGGGCUUCUGUAAAGGGGGAUGUUCUGUGCUACGGGUUAAAUCCUGAUGAAGAAUUUAAGGAGAUGCUGAAAUGACAACAUUGUUGUCUUUAUUUUUCAAAUGAGUUUUAAUUGACCAAUUUUAUGAAAUUGUUUUUUUAAUAUAUUACAUUUAUCAUUAGUUGAUUCCAUUAGUUUGUCAGUUAGUCAUGACUGAUUGAAAUAAAUGUGAAAAAAAAAAACUAAUAAUUAUUUUACAUCAGUAGUAGCAAUAAAAAGCUCUCUCUUAUCAAGACAUCGACACUCUCCAGCUCUUUAAGAUGUUUUAAGUUUUCUUUGAGUUUUAAGUUGUUAUAUGAAGUAUGAGUGGGGUUUCAUUUGAAAACUGACUUCAGAGACUGCCUUCAGUAAGAUAGGAAGACAUAAUGAAAAUAUGUCAAAUAAAUAUAAAGAAUAAUCAGCAUAAUUUAGCAGCAUUCAGUUAAUCGUAUAUCAAUUUUACUACAUUUGCCAAAUUCAUCUUUAUUAAAAGUGAAUAUGGCUGAUGGUAUACAUUUUUUGUGCAUUUUUAUGUGCAAAGUAAUUGGUGGUACUUGAGGGUAAAAAGACAAUUUUUAUAUGUUUCUUUAAAAAGAGAAAGAUUUGGUUUUACAAAAAAUAUUUAUUUCCAGAAAGUAUACAGUAUACAAUAUUUCUCUAUUAGGAAAAUAAAACUUUUAGGAAUUACUCCUAGUUAUGUCUCCUUAGUUGCCCUUAGUUAAAGGGGUUUCAGAUUAGGACUGGCUGUAAAGCCUAUGUAUGGUGUUAAAAAUUCCAUUUGCAUUUUGCACCCUAUGGUCUAUAAAAAGAGCACUUAGAUGUAUUUUUGUUAUUUCAUAACAAGUUAUUAGAAAAACAUUAAAGGCUUUCUGAAGAGCAUAUCAAAAUAUUUGCACACUUCAAAAUAUAUAAUUUGUCUAUGCAUUAUAUAACAGAAUAUCAAACUAAGUGGCAUUUAAAGAAAUAUGGCACAAACACACUUUUCAAGCUAAUUUUCAACAAAUUUCACAAAAAUAAGUUUAUGUUCCCAAGUAUAAUACAUUAUAUUUAUAGUCCUAUAUAUAUAUAUAUAUAUAUAUGAAAAACAAAAGUAUUUUGACACUUUCUGGUUAUCAAACAUUAGUGGAAUAUGUCCUUAGUGUUCUUAGUGGUAUGCACCACUGUGAACAUGAUGGGAACUGACUUAAUACUUCACCUAAAAAUGACCUUAAAAAUAAUUGUAAAAAUGGCUCAGAAAUGUGACAUUAGUUCUUAGAAGCAGUCUAGAAUAAUUUGUUUGUACUGUAGAUCACUUGGUGUGAUAUUUUGACUUUAGCAUCCAGUAGUCUCCAAAAUAAUUAGUGGGGACCAUGUAAUUGUGUUUCUACUACAUAAUAAAACAGAAGACCCCAUAGAGCAAAGGAAUUGAGGAAUUUCAGAGUCGGUAGAUCUUUUCUGCCUCUUUUUUUAUUGUAGAUAGAGCUGAUUAUUCCAUAGUAAUUCCCGACCUCCUGCUGAGAGCACCUCUAUAGCAAUUAACAGUUUGCCAAUUUGGUCAAUUAUUCAAACUACAAAAGAAAAAAUAAAUCAUUAAGUAAUGAUUAUUAGCCUGGAUCCGUUCACUGUAUUUGAUCAGCAGAGUGCCAUUAGAUCAAAGGAACACAAAGUAUCGAGUGUAUGCACACUAUCUACAAUAUCUACCCAGCAGGUAUGAAACAAAAGUGUGCUUUUGAUAAACAGAGAGCUUUUUGAGAGCUAUCCCUCUGUGGUUUUAAAUGAACAAUUGUAACUCCAACAGAGCUGAAGUAGGUCAGUGUAUGGAAUUUAUUGUUAUAACUUUAAUGGUAAAUUGUUCAAGCUGCUGAGAGAUACUGUUUUAUAAUUGUGGCUAGAUUAUGCUUCAUGAUUAACUGUAGAAAUGCAUUUUAUGUAUAUAAUUUGUAAUCAAAUGUAUGUAUAAGCAUAAAACAUUAAACACAUAAUCUAGUUCUUAUAGUUUGAAU